AUGGCACCCCGUCAGGAUAUCUCAAUAGAAGAUAUUUCCCCUCAAGUUGCGAGUAAAUUUGACGAAGCUCAAUCCUCAAUUGCCAAUCACCGCAAAAAUUGUGUCGCUCUCUACAAGUUGCACGUUCAAGCUUCACGGAUAAUUAAACCCGGAAAGAAAGAGAAACCUGUCGAGUUUGUUGGAGAAGUCACUUUUCAAAAUGUAUUCAUUGACAUGGUGAACCGCGUACUGGAUGUUAAGAAGGGGGCAUUUGCGGAUAGGAUCGUUAAAUUCAUUGGAUCCUAUGUGAAGUUUGUCAAUGACAAAGUAUUGGAAGAGAAGUUAACUCAAGAUGUGGGCCCAUCUAAUUCUGCGUCAAUGCAAUCCCGAGAGGAUGGAGAAACGCUGGCCUCUCGUUUUGUUGCUAGACUACUGAAACACCUUUUCCGAGGAUUUGAGGCGAAGAAUAAAGUUGUUCGACAACGCUCGGUCCACUUUGUCUCUGAAAUGAUGUCCAACAUUGGAGAAAUCGAUGAGGAGACCUACAAUCUCAUUAGGAGAAACCUCAACGACCGGAUUUGUGACAAGGAACCUCUGAUCAGGGCUCAUGUCGUGGUCGCGUUGUCCAAGCUAGUCGGUACCGAGGACCCAGAUGAGCUAGAGGCCGGGGAAUGCACCGCUGAGGAGUUGAUAUUGGACGCUCUCUGUUUUGAUCCGGCUCCGGAAGUGCGGCGAGCCGCUCUUCUUAAUAUCCCAGUCACGUCGGAAACUCUCCCAGUGAUACUCACCCGUACGCGGGAUGUUGAUACCAUCACACGGAAACUGGUGUUCUCAGCGGCUCUGCAAAAUAAACUGGAUCACCCUCGGCGGCUGACGAUAGCUCAACGUGAGGAGAUCGUCAAAGCUGGCCUUGGCGAUAGGGAGCCUGCAGUUCGUGUUGCUGCGGGCAAGCUAGUGACUAGUUGGUUCGACCUUGUCGUGACCGAAUCGCAGGGUCCACCCGAAGGGUCAUUUGUGGGAGAUGACGGUGGUGUCAUGAGAGGCUUGAUCAAGUUUCUCAGUUUAUUCGAUGUGGUUGGCCCAGGGGAAGCAGUGGCGGUUGAUGCCGUCCUGGCGUUGUUUACCACUCGGCCUUCGCUUUUGGACGCCUUCGUAUUCUCUGAUGACUUCUGGAAUGACCUAUCCCCAGAGACAGUGAUCCUGGCACGGAUAUUUGUUGAUCAUUGUAUCCAUUCGAAACAGGAAGUUCGCCUUGAAGCAGCCUCUUUGCCCGUCUUGACUGCCUUUGCGUACAAUAUACAACAAGGCUACAACGACAUGCUCUCAGUGCUUGAAGAGGUGGAGUUAAUGGAGGCCAGGAAAGGAGACGAAGCCAGUGAGGCUAAGGAGGAAGAACUGGCAAACAAGGAGAUGAUCCUGGGCCAGCUGUUGAUGAUUGUCCUCAAGCUGGAUUUCAUGGAUGAAAUAGGUAGGCGGAAGAUCUUCUCGGUCGCAAAGGACAUGCUGGCGCAUCCUCAUUUGCCCGCCGGUCUUAUAGAGCGAUGUUUAGACAUCCUACAGAAAAUUGUGCCGUCUGAGCGAGAACUCAUUCGAAUAGUUGUAGAAGUGAUAAUUGAACUUCGGGAUACUGACGAUGGAGAGGUUGAAGACGACAACGACGGCGAUCGAUCAGACAUCACUCAAAGCACCAGCACUCUCAGAAGGGAGAGGUCGCUGAAGAGGAUCAAGCAGUUGCAAACUAUAACACCUGAAGAGAAAUUUCAAGUGGAUUUGAUUGACUUGAGGUGUCUGACCUUGUGCAUCGGAUUGUUAGAACGAGUGGACGAGUCCUUUGAGGACAACUCCACUCUUGAGGGCGUUUUGACCGACUUAAUUAUACCAUCUGUGAAAAGAAAGGAGUCUACGCUCCGGGAAAAAGGCUUGAUAAGUCUAGGGCUAUGCUGUCUCAUUGAUAAAACAAUGGCUGUCAACUCGUUCCAGCUUUUCUUGAGUCAAGUCCAAGGUGCCCAUGAAGACCUUAAGCUGAAGAUUCUCCAGAUUAUUUUGGACUUAUUGGUCCUGUACGAUAGCGAAUUUUUAGGUCGCUCUGAAGACAUAUCCCAUCAAAUUAUUACUUUCAUUUUGCAAAUGCUAGAGUCGGAGGAAUCUAAUCAAGUCCAAACAGUCCUCUGCGUUGGGAUAUGCAAACUUCUCCUUUCUGGACAAGUUACCGACUCAAGGGUUCUCGCUAGUCUUAUUCUGACCUAUGUUUCACCCGCUACAAGCGACAAUCCAGAGCUGAGGCAGUGCCUUUCGUAUUUUUUCCCCCUCUAUUGUUACUCCUCCAGAGAAAACCAGAGGCGUAUGCAAUCAGCCUUCAUGCCUGCUUUUGAUCUUGUUGCACGAGUUCGCGACGAGUUAGAAGAAGAUCAAGAAAUGAUAUCUCUCUAUCAGUUUGGGCUAUUGAUUAUCGAUUGGACGGAUGCUUCAAAACUUCUGAACGCGCCUACAAGCGAGACUUCCGACAAGAACAUACAUGCUGAUCUCGCUCUCGACAUACUGCUGGCUUUGUACGAUUCUGAUCGUGAUGAUGAGGUUCGAAAGACCUUGAGUCAGUUCCUCGGACAAUUGGAUUCUCUUGGGAGCGACUUGAAUCCUAGAACGAUUUUAAAGCUGCACAUUCUAAUAGACCGGCUGCAGGAUCAAUGUCCCCUUGAUAACUCGGCAUCGGAACGGAUGUUUUGUCGCUUUAAGGACAAGUUCAAUAAAUCGUUCGAAAAAAAACUUGAGGACCUCGAUCCAAGGGCCUUUCUAGAUGACGACUUCCAAGCUUUUUAUGACUCGAUUGGAAUCAAAGCGCCAGAACAUGAUGUUCAAGAUUGUGCGGUGACGGAAGACCCUCCCUCUACCCCGAUUCUGAAAGAACGGGCACUUAAUGUCCUACAAGAUGUUCAGAACGACAGCCCUACAAGCCACGGAGACUCUACCGAAGAUACCAAGGAUGUUACGAAUGAGGAUUUACAUCCUCCCAUAAGUGUCUCACCCAUGAAGAAGUCAUCCAAGCGAAUCUCACAUCCUUCUCCUGGACGGAAUUUCCCGACUUCCCCAUCAAGGAAGAAGCGUGGCACGACGACCAAGUCAAAGCGGUUACCAGCACAAACGAAGGCGCCUCAGCGUCGGAGCGCCCGCACAACUCGUUCUCGCAUAAGGGCCCGCACUCCGAGUGAACAGAGUGAAAAUGAACCUGAACAUGUUGACCAAGCCACUGCAGUGGUAUCCGAAGGUUCCGAUGAUCUUGGAGGUUAUUCAAAUUGA